GCCGAGAAGAAAAAGAAUUUUUUUCCCUCUCCUGUUCGUGAUUCAGAUUAAUCAUUCCGCAUUAUUUAUUAUUCUUUAUCGACAUCUGUCUCACCGGACGUCCGUCGCUUCUGGAAAAAAAACCCCACUUACAAAUCAGUUCCUCCCUUGGUGAGAUUGAUAUAAAUAUACAUCGUUGUACUUCGACUGCUCCAGAAUUUCCUUCGAUCUAUUUUAUUUGAUUCUGGUUAAUUAUACCUAUUUCCCUUGUGACUUCAUAGCAGGAGGUCCGACGGAGAGCGGAAACAGUCACCCUUUAGACUUUGGAUUUUAUCUCCCUUCCUUUCGCCUCGUCAAAUUUCCUCAAUCCCACCUUCUCCCUCUCUCCAAUCAAUCCCCGCAACAAUGACGGCCGGAACGAAUUCCUCCAACGGCGAGUCCGCGCAGGAUCGCCGCUUCGGUACUCUCGCCGUCCACGCCGGUGCCCCUCACGAUCCUACCACCGGCGCUGUUAUCGCCCCUAUUUCUCUCUCCACCACCUACGCGCAGACGAGCGUCGGCAACCCGGUCGGCGAGUACGAGUACACGCGCAGCUCCAACCCCAACCGUGACAACUUUGAACAGGCUGUUGCGGCCCUCGAGCAUGCGAAAUAUGCCCUGGCCUUUUCCUCCGGUUCUGCCGCCACGGCGAAUAUCCUCCAAUCCCUCGCUGCGGGCUCGCACGUUGUUUCGGUGUCCGAUGUGUACGGUGGAACUCACCGAUAUUUCACCAAGGUCGCGUCCGCCCAUGGCGUGCAAGUCACCUUCUCGCCGACGAUUGAAUUGCACGUGGAGGAGCUGAUUCGGCCCAACGAGACCAAGUUGGUGUGGAUCGAGACCCCGUCAAACCCGACAUUGGGUCUGGUUGAUAUCCGCAAGAUCGCGGACAUUGCGCAUCGUCAUGGCAUCUUGGUGGUGGUGGACAACACCUUCAUGAGCCCUUACAUCCAGAACCCCUUGGAUCACGGUGCGGAUAUCGUGGUGCAUUCGGUUACCAAGUAUAUCAACGGUCACUCUGAUGUCCUGAUGGGUGUCGCCGCCUUCAACCUGGAAAGCUUGAAGGAGCGCCUCACUUUCCUCCAGAACGCCAUCGGUGCCGUCCCCUCGGCGUUCGACUGCUGGCUGGCCCACCGUGGUCUGAAGACUCUCCACCUCCGUGCGCGGGAGGCCACCACUAACGCUACGGCCGUGGCUAAGGCGCUCGAGGCGUCCCCUCACGUCCUGUCCGUCAACUACCCUGGCAUCGACUCUCACCCCCACCGUGCCAUCGCUAUCAAGCAGCACCGCCAGGGCAUGGGCGGCGGCAUGCUGAGCUUCCGUCUGAAGGGCGGACAGAAGGCUGCCCAUCUCUUCUGCAAGUACACCAAGGUUUUCACGCUGGCGGAAAGUCUGGGAGGUGUCGAGAGUCUUUGCGAGGUUCCCUCGAGCAUGACCCAUGCCGGUAUCCCCAAGGACCAGCGGGAGGCCGCCGGUGUCUUCGACGACCUUGUCCGCAUGAGCUGCGGUGUUGAGGAUGCGGAGGAUCUCACGGCGGACGCGCUGCAGGCCCUCGAGAAGGCCGUGGCGGCCAGCGCCCAGGAGAACGGUACCAAAUAAACGAACGAUGAAACUGGAAAAACAACGGGUAUCCAGGACCUUGCAUGAAUUUUUAGAGCAAUAGAAUUAUCCAAAUAGGUCUAAUAGACUAAAUUAAUGACGAUAUGGAGUUACUACUGUUUG